UCGAUGACGAUCGAUGGCCGACUAACCAAGUGUCAGCGUCAACGUCCUUUGCGGGUAAACCAACCAGUAGCACCAAACAAAAUGUGAAUAUCCGGUCGAUUGCGUCGUACAAUCCAGCACUUCAAAUGUCAACACUUUUCAGCCACGUGUUCACAUUCAACAUUCGACGCGUCGUUCAUGAUUUAUAUGCAAAGUACGAACGAACGCGUGGUCAGGAUCUAGGCGAUCUUGCAGUACCACCUACACCUCAACAGUCGACUUCAUCCACAUCUUACGAUGCCGUUGUACCUGAUAUCACCGCCUUUAGGCCAGACAAGGAUGAUCCUCUCGACGUUGUGAGUCAGCCAGAGGAUGAAGUAGACAACGCCAACAAGAAGCUUUUCACGGACAAACGCAGUACCGAUCUGCGAAAACGUCUCGAGCUUGUCUCUGCUAUUGUUGCUGCCAGCGUAUCAUGGAAUGUGAGCGAGGCUUUUGAAAACAUUUGCAGUAGGACCUUGACGUUGCAAAGAAACUCAAGCCAUAGUAACAUCAGUUAUGGUCUAAAAGGUGCCAACGGCUAUCUCUCCAUAUUAGCACCACUAGAUGAAGAAAAGAGUGCUUGGACGGUUUCUCCAGAAAUGACGGCUUCGAGGUUAUUGUCAGUGGCAUUACUUGCAAAAGCCAUUAUAUUUAUUGCAGGACAAGAAAGCAAAAGCUCUGAUUUGAUUGCUGGAUAUGCCAUGGCUUUACCUGCUGUUGUUGGCAAACAAUACUGUUUCCCGUCCCUGUCUUUACUUGGCAAAUACUGGCAGGACCCCUCAGCACGCUCGCUAUUCUCGAGUGCUUUGAUAGGGCUUAAUGAAGAGGAGAUUUUGUCGUUAAUAAGCUAUUGGGAUAAUUAUCUUCCCACAUCAAGCUCACCUGAAAGUCAUAGUCCCUAUAUGAUGGCUCGCGCAACCAUUGUACUCGGCAUUAUGGGCUGUGAUCAACCGCAAAUGCUGGAUACCAGUGUCCGCAAAUAUACAGCUCUCAGUCUAGCACUAUUGCUAUCGGAUUCUGAUUUGGAUGACCCAAAGACCCAACACACGGAUCCUUCACAUGCUUCAGUGGCUCGUACACUAGCAUCCAUGGAACUGCUCAGUCAAGGUUUCAGUACAUGGGAAUCUUACAUCAAUGCUGCAGAGGUCCUGCGGACCAUGUUCGCCUAUGCAAACAAUACCCAACCGGCAGUGAGCCGAGGUGCCAAAAACGCCAUAUUUGAGAUUGCGAAAACGAACAUGCCCCUUGUCAUCGGCACGCUCACGUACGAUGCGACGCAUACAAAGCGGACGGACGAUCGUGUCCAAUGUCUUUGGAUUAUCAAUUCAUUUAUACGCAAGAAACCAGUUCUACUCUAUUCCCAUGUGCAUCGAGUUGUAGAAUCUGUAGUCAAGACGCUUGAUCCUAAUGUACCUCAUCUUCGAGAGACCGUUUUACCAACAGCCACAGCCGUACUUCACGACUUGGUGAAAACAUACCCAUUUGUCGACUUUAAUAGCAGUGCUCAAAAGCUCUCUGUCGGUACCUUGGAAGGCGCAUCUGUCAUUUAUGACUUGCGUACAGCAACACGAUCUGUCGUGCUUGAAGGGCAUCAGGGCGGCAUCAGUGCGCUUGCAUUCUCUCCUGAUGCCAAAUUCGUUGCAACGAGCUCUUUACAAGAUCAAACUGUUCGAGUGUGGUAUUCGAACUUGAGUCUCUUAGGCGUACUCACAAGUAGCUUCUCCCAUGGAUUAGGACGCAAUAUUGAUAGUAGUAACAGCCAUCAUGGCGGUAUCAGCAGUGCGAGCAGUGGUUUUGGUUCUGGUGAUCACAAAGAAUCCGGAUCUCAAAAGGCGUAUAAAGUGUUUUCAUUUGCUUUGCCCCACGGUGGUAUCACCGAGCACUAUCAAAUUAUGCAUCAAGUUCACUUUGAAUGGACGUCUUCCCGCUGUGUCAAAUUGCAUGUCCGGGACUUGGUCAUGAGCUUCAACGUGUAAAUUCAGUAGUCUACUUGUAAUAUUGUUGUUGGAGAUGCUGUUAUGAUAAAUAUAUUACAAGGAGCAUGGUUCAAACAUAUCCUAGCAUGAAGUUGGAUACAGUAAGCGAUAAAGAUGAUGGG